AUGGUGUCGCAGCAUCGCCAGCAGCCAUCGCGGCUCUUCAUCCCGCCCAACCUCAACCUCCAGCAGCCCAUGUCUUUUGCAGAAAAUGCUCCCCUUUUCUCCCCAGCGCUGCCCACAGCAAUCCAGCAAGGCAUGCACCCUCAAUUCGCGUUCGGUGGCCAGGGACACCCUCUCCAAACCCCCAUGCAACCUGGCUUCUUCCCACCUCCACCCGGCGCGCCCGGGCGACCGUCACUGCACAGAAGUCAUCCCAGCGUCAUGCAGCUCGCUGCAGCUGGCAUAAUCCCGCCACCUGGCAUGCCAAUGACACCCCUUGGCCACCAGGGCAUGCCCAUGACACCGUUGGGUCAGAACGGCUUCCCACCACAGAUGACCCCCGGUAUCGCGCCGUUCGCACCUCCGUUUGUCCCCAGGAGUAAGCGGUCGGCAAGCAUGAGCGUGGGUGGGCCUCCGAAGGCCGUGCUGGGUGGUCCGCAGCGCAAAGUGAGUCCAAUGCCUCCUGCAGCUCCAGCCACGCCCGUGGCGCCCGCGCCGGCCCCAAAGCAGAAGAAGGUGGUUGUCAACUUCCCUCGCGAAACGAUUCCCGCGGAGGGCGACGAACCGCCAAAGCGUGCGUCUUUUGCUAGAACGGCUCUUUCACCGUCGGAAAUCGCGGAGCCAGUCGAAAUCAGGCAUCCGGAGACGAGCACUAUCGAACUAUACCCACCGGACUCCUGGAGAUACCACUUGCCGUCGACCGUGGACGUGUUCCUGCCUGGCAAAGCUUCAUGGGACGGAAUCAAGCAGAGGAUAAUAGAAGAGAAGCUGCAGCGACUUGGGGUAGAGCGUGGAAGUGGCAGCAGCAGCACCAUCCCUCAAAUACACGCUCCCCACGCGCGUGCUGCCUCGAUCUCGUCGCCGGCCGAUCCCGCGCUUCUCUUCUUCAAACUGAACAAGCUCCAGCAAUCUCAGAACGCGUCUGCAGCGAAUUCGCUAUCGACCUCUCCGCAACCCCCUACACUUUCUCCGUCUCCGAACGCCUUGCCCCCUCGUCUUCAGAAUCGACACGGACAUAGCAUGUCACUGGCCCAGCCUCCUUCACAUCAGUCGUCGAUGUUCAACCCCGCCGGAUUCAAUCCGUUCGGGCCAAAUGCGAUCCUGGGCUCUGAUCAGGUCCUGCCGCGUUUAUCGCCAGCGCCUGGUUUGGCGCCUCCGGAGACUAUCCAUGCGCCACAAGGUCGUGUCCCCACGAAUGUUGCUUCGCUUGCGCCACCGCCGUCUCAAUCGCGGCCCGAGAGCCGACCAGACUUUAUGCGCGGGUUCGGGGUUGAGAUUCCUGAGGAGGAAGAACCGGAAGAAGUACCGCACGGGCAGGAAGAGGUCCAGGAAGACGAAGCGGUUGUCGAGACUGCAGAGGCUGACAUGUCUAUGGCAUCAGUGGAAGAGACCGACCAGGAAGACGAACAAGAUGGGUUGAGCACGGUCGCUCAAAGCCGAAUUCACUCCCGACAUAUCUCGAAGCUCUCCGUUGCGCUCUCUCUUCGGUCCGUUGGCGGAAUGGUUGAUGACGACGGUACGAUCCCGGAGCACGAGGUCGUGCCCGUGCGAAGCCCCACUGGGGAGAUGGAAGUCGAGGAUCUGGAUGGGGAUGGGGAUGUGGACGCGGAUCAAGAAGCUGUGGGCGAGUGGACGGGUUCAGAAGACCUACGGACGGGCCCUGAGACGUCGGACGACGAGAGCAUUGGCGAAUGGUCUAAUCCUUCAGACGAGGAGCGUGCACGGACAGAGCGCCUGCAUCGCCGUAUGAUGCGUCGCGUGAAGCAGGUCAAGCAAGAGCUCGAGAUACCUCGCCGGCUGCCCAACUUCCCGCGUCCGCCAUCACUCUCCAUGCAGGUGCCCGGCAUGGGCGCAGCGGCGGACGACGAUAUUGUCUCUAACCCGAGCGAUGAGGAGCAUGCUUCCUUUGUGGACCCGUAUUUCCCUCGCCCACAGUCUGACCACAGCGUAGGCCGCCCUCUUCCGCCCCUUCCGCAUUCACGUAGCGGCUCGCAGUACUCUGCACAAACCGGACAUGAUCCUGCUCUUGCGCAUUCGCGGCAUCCAUCGGAACAGUAUCUCACGCCGGGUGGUCUUCAGCCACGCCCUCCUCAACCCCAGUCCGCGGCCCCUCGUACAGACUCGCUCAAUCCGUUCGCGAAGCCAUUCGUGUUCGGGGCAAGCCGUCAGUCAGGAACCUGGUCUGUCGGUGCCCUCUCCGGAUCACCCUCAGCGACACCCCCGACACAUACCAGGGCACCGUCAUUGGGCAAGCCACUCAAUGCUGCCGCGCAGGAGUUCAAGCCCGGAAACUUCACGUUCCGCCCACCGUCUGGUGUACCCCAGCUCUCAUUCCCACAACCACAGGUACAGGUGCCUCGACCGCUGCCGACUCCCCCGCUCGUCAUGCCAGAGCCUGCACGCGCCGCUCAAGGUCGCGAGAAGAGACAACGGCGCAGCCUCAGCGGUUCAAUCGAGAGCGACGACGAGGAUGGCCACAAUACGAUGACGUCGUUCAAGUUCCCGCCACCUGCGGACGAAACGCGCAACGUGCGACACUCAGCUCCUGCGAGCCCGCCCGCUACCAGGGACGCCGGUCUCAACGCCGCUGCGAAGCCUUUCACAUUCUCGGGCUUCUCUGGUACCCUGCCAUUCAUGGCGCAGCAUACCGACAACCUGCCGCAGUCUCCAGAGCUCAGCGAUGACGAGGAAAACGACGAGAACAGGCCGCUGGUGUCUAUGCCUGUGCCGCAGAUCGGUGCGGAGGAGUUGCCUUUCCCGCCCGCCUCGAAGCCCAGGCGUGCGCCGAUCCCGCUCGACUUUACGCAUCCGGUUUCGACCAACACCGUCCCUGCAGGUCUGUUCAAGGCGCUCGUCAACAACGACGGCGAGGAGCGCACGCGCAGAACAGUUCGGUCGAGGCUCAGCUCACGCGACAUCUACGAGCACAGCCCGAGGCAGUCUCUCGACGACCUGCACGUUCCCCCGAUCUCACAGCGUAUCAGCCGCGGCGGGAGGUUGUUCACCGAUCCUGGCUUCCGCGAUCAGUCACCAGAGCGCGACGACGUCUUCAGCGUACGCCGGCCUCGCCGCUCUUCGCUGCCGCCGCGCCACCAGGACGACGAUGAAGACUCGCUCUCGGACAUGUCCAUCGCGCCGGUUAACCUCGCGCGGCGUGUUGAGAUGCAUCAAUACGAGCUUCGCCUGGAGAGGCUUCUGGAGGAGAAGUUCGAGGGGAUUUCGCGGGCGCUCGAUCAGUACAAGCAGGCACCCGGCAGUCAAGCGCUCAACCCGUCGACCGAGGCCAUGAUCUCGGAGGUGGUCUCCCUCUUCCGUGCUCAACUGCAGGAAUCCGCAGCGAAGGGUCUUGAGGACAGCCAGAUGGACGCACGGGGCGAGCUCGACUUUGAAGUACUCAAGGGCAUCAUCGAGCAGAGCCAGGAGGAGACCCGCUCCACCCUCAGGAGAGAGAUCGCAGGCAUCCUCGAAGUUCCGCGGGAACGCGACACGGAGAUCCGCCAACUUGUGGAGGAGCUCAGCAACCGGACGAUCAACUCAUUGGCCUCGGCGAUGUCUCAGCUCGGUGCACGCAUCCAGUCGAUGGAGACGACGCGGGCACCCUCGGUGAACCGUGACCAGGUCGUGCAGGAGCUCUUGCAGACGCUGCUGCCUCACAUCUCUGCGUUGCGUGCAGAUCCGGUUGACUACGACGUGCUCACCGGCCGGCUCGCGCAGGCGGUGAAGCCCCAUAUCUCGCAGCUCAUCGACCUUGCAUCGGACAAGCGCGAGACCGCCAAUCUCAUCGUGAACCAACUGGUCCCGAUCCUACCCUCCUUGCAGCCCAACAUCAACUUGGAUGCCGUGGUUGGUCGGCUCACGUCGGAGCUGAGGUCGAUCGUGGGUCCCCUGGACCCGCACGAGAUGAAGGAGCAAGUGUCAGACCUCGUCGUCGAGCGUCUCGAUUCUCGUUUGGCCGUACGCGACCGCGCACUCAACGUCGAUACGAUGUCGGAGCGCGUCGUGGAGAACGUCCGUGUCCUUCUUGCUCCUCUCGCUGACAUGCAGCGCAAGAUUGAGGAGCUCGCGACCGUGCAGCCUGCCCAAGUCAUUGCUCCUCAGCUCGACACUGCCUCUCUUCGGCAAGACAUCCUCGGCGUCCUCUCUGACCUGCCUCAGCGGCUGGUCGCGGCAACUGAAGCUCUCGGUAGCGCGCAGACCGAGUUCAAAGUGCGCGCAGACCGCGUCGACAAGGAUUCGGGCUCCAUCAAGGCUCUCCAGAACGUCGAGGCUGCCAUCUCGAGCGUCGCCAACGACCACAAGAAGCUCGUCUCACAAAACCAGGAGUUCUCCGAGUUCUGCAAUGACAUCAUCAAGCACAUCAACAGCCUCCCCGAAGCGAUGGUCGAGGCCACGAAGGUCCUCCAAAACGCGCACGCCGACUUCGCUUCCCGGGACACGUCGCAGAAGGACUCGGAGGAGAUCCGCAGGCUCAUGGCGACCACCGCGGAGCUGCAGGUGCAGCUCGCGAAGGCCCGCGGUGCACAUGGCCAGGUCCGUGUCGAGAAGGACAUGCUCAGCGAGCGCGUCAAGGUGGCCGAGUCAGAACGUGAACGCCUACACUCACGUGUAGAGACGCUGCAAAACUCCGUGUCGAACAAGGCGGCGGAGGCGGCGGCAUUGGAGGCAAAGAACAUCGAGCUCGAGGAGGCCCUCAACAGAGCACUGGACCGCAUCAAGGCGGCGGAUGUGCAAGCCCAGAGCCAGCAGGAGCGGCUUUCCGAGCUGGAGAAGGCCAGGCACGAAGUUAUGCUGGAGAAGCACCAGUUCAAGGCCAAGAUGGAUGCUCUCGAACUCAAAGUCACCUUCGCUACGCGGGAGAAGGAAGCGCUCGCCGACGAGCUGGCUGCGCAGAGGAGGCAGAACGACGAACUGCUCUCGCAGCAAGACCGGUGGGACGAGCUUCGCCAGGCGACAGAGCAAAUCCAAGCGCUUGCCAACAUGACCAGCCAAGCGGACCAGGAGGAGCUGAAGGAGCUCAGGCGCAUCCGGGACCGCAGCAAGGUUCUCGAGGGCGAAAACACUGCACUCCAGCGGCGUGUCAAGGACUACGAGACCAAGAUCACGAACAACGACAAGCUUGCGCAGACGUCCAGGCAGAGCCUUGUCCAGGCACGUCAGCGUGCGGAGGAGUGGGAGAGGCGAGCGAAGGAAGCCGAGGGCCGACUCGAGGUUACGCAAACCAGCCUCGACCAGGUCGAGCAGUCUCACUCACAACUCGACGCCGACUACUCCCUUGUCAAGCUGCAGCUCGAGGAGCGGGACGCCGAAGAGCGGCUCGACAAGGACCGCCAAAACAAGCUCCGCGACCAGAUCGCCUCUCUGGAAGGCCAGGUCGCACGUCUGCAAGCGGAGGUCGACAAGGCCAAGAAAUCUCCCAACCCGACCCCGAACGUCCUCCAGCCCGUGGCGCGCUAUCAAAACGGCCAGACGCACCACACGCCCGCGCGGCCCGACUCGCGCGCGAGCACCGUGUACAACCGCAGCCGCGCGGUCACCCCGAAGGCGCAGUACAACGGGACGACAAACGACGUGCGCGUGGCGACGCCCCCGCAGGCGUCCGUGCGCGACUCGAUACACGCGCCCUGGCGGCAGGCCGCAGCGAUCACGCCCAUGUCCAAGGGCGGGCUGAACUCGAAUCCGUACUUCCGUGCGCCGUCCCCAACGCCGAGCACGGUCUCGGUCGCGCCCACGCUCGGCGACGACGGCUGGUGGCAAUAG